ACCAAGCUGCCGGCGGUAUGACAGACUGGGGAGUCACGGUUUCAGUGACCGCGUCCCUCGCUGCAAAGAUCUCCACCCACCGUGGGAGGGGAGCCACCUCUUAGCUCCACUGCAAAGCCUCUUGCAAACUCAGAAGGGCUGUGGACUCAGGGUGAGGAGCGUCGUGAGGUGAAGCCGGCCUGAGAUGGAACUCGUCGUUACCGGGGUGAUCGUCGCUCUCACUCUGGCCCUGCUCGUUUAUUCCCGGAGGAAAGUGAAGCACGACAGGCUUCCCCCGGGUCCUCCCGCCCUCCCGUUUCUCGGCAACUCGCUGCAAAUAGAUAAACGAGCCCCCGAUCGCUCUCUCAUUCAGCUGAGCAGAAAGUAUGGCCCCGUGUUCACAAUCUGGCUUGGUCCGCGUCCCGCGGUGGUGCUGUGCGGCUUCGAAGCCGUGAAGGAGGCCCUCGUCAACCAGGCAGAGGAUUUUGGAGCCAGGGGCACAGUUCCCUCCAUCAGGAAAGUCACGAGAGGAUACGGGAUCGCCAGCAGCAACGGGUUUCGAUCCCACCAGCUUCGCAGCUUCGCCAUCUCGGCCCUGAGGGACUUCGGCAAAGGCGCCAAGAGCCUGGAGGAUUUCAUCCGGCAGGAAGCAGAGUGCCUGGUGGAGGUCUUCAAGAAGACUGGAGAGUCGCCCUUUGACCCCACGUUCCAGCUCAACUCGGCCACGGCCAACAUAAUGUGCGCCAUUGUCUUUGGGAACCGUUUCGACUAUGAGGAUCCGAAGCUGCUGGCUCUCCUGCGGAUGAUCGACGAAAACAUGAAGGUCAUCAGCAGCCCCUGGGGGCAGUUGUAUGAUCUGCUUCCAAACCUUCUGGACCACCUCCCAGGCCCACACAACAGGCUCUUCGAAAACGCAGAUAAAAUUAAAAACUUCCUGAGAGAAAUGAUCCAGCUUCACAAGGACACGCACACCAAAGGGAAGCGCCAGGAUUUCAUCGACAGCUUCCUCCUCAGGAUGAAAGAGGAGAAAAAUAACCCAAGGUCAGAGUUCAACGACGAGAACCUAGUCUUGUCCACUUUCAAUAUAUUCCUCGCCGGGACUGACACCACCAGCUCGACCAUGAGGUGGGGUCUCCUGCUGUUCUUGAAGUACCCGGAGGUACAGGAAAGGAUCCAAAGUGAGAUCGAUCAGGUGAUUGGGAUGGAACGCACACCGUGUAUCGGAGACAGAGAAAGGAUGCCCUACACCAACGCAGCCAUCCGCGAGAUCCAGCGCUAUUCCAAUAUUAUCCCGCUCAACCUCCCCCACACCGUCACAAAAGAUACAGAGUUCCGGGGAUUCCUGAUCCCAAAGGGAAUGAUUGUGAUCCCUCUGCUCGCGUCCCUUUUGCACGAUCCCUGUUGCUGGGAGACUCCGGAAUCCUUCAACGUGAAUCACUUUCUGGACGAGAGGGAACAACUGAAGCACAAGGAAGCCUUCCUGCCGUUCUCAAUAGGGAACCGAAUGUGUAUCGGUGAGGAGGUGGCCCAGACGCAGCUCUUCAUCUUCCUAACCACCCUGCUGCAAAACUUCACCGUCCGCUCCCCGCUGGAACCGUCUGCCAUCAACGUCAACCCCUUGUCGAGCGGCUUUUCAACGCUACAUCACCCCUACCAGUUGUACUGUGUUCCUCGCGGGCCGGUCAGAAGGCCAGGCAGGGAGUGACGCUCGGACACAUUCCAACCGGGUGAAACCUUCUGUAAAAUCUCAGUGUGCGGCAAAAAAAAAAUACUGAAGAUGCUGGGAACACUCAGUGGCUCAGGCACAGACUAUCUCUGGACUCUGGGCAGGUCACAGGGAAUUGAAAGAUAGCAAAUGUCACACUUAUUCACAGCCCAUUCCACCGCUGGUGGAUGUUUAGGGCAGCAAUGAAGUUCCUCCAUCUCUGGUGGUGUUCAGGGCUUCCUUCAUCGUGUCAGCAGCAUCCUCUCCGUUUUCACUACUGUCAGUCAUGCAAGUCCCGGGUGGAGACUCAGGAAUACUGUCACACUCAGGUGUAGAAGGAUUCUUCAUUGCUGUUUCCUUAGCAACUUUGUUUCACCAGUCAGGGUUGUUAGCCCUGAGAUAAACCCCCCAAACCUAGAGGAGGGGGUGGACCACGCUUGGUCUGACCUCUACCCUUUGACCUGUUUGGCAUGGGUGACCCGACCAAGAGCCAAAGCAUAAAAAAGCCCUGGCCCCAGCCAACGUAGCUCUCCGACAAUCCUCGGAGAGAUCCUGGCCUCCAUCCACCCUACUACAGACACACCCUGCCUCUCCUUAAUCCCCGCCUCUCCUGCAACAUAAAACAAGAUUUUAUUUUUCCCGGCUUUAACAGUUCCGAUGAAAGGUCGUCAGUCAGAAAUGUUUCUCCACCUGCUGAGAGUUUCCAGCAUUUUCUGUUUUUAGUUCAUAUUUUCAGCAGCUGCAUUAUUUUGUUAUUUGUUUAUUGUAUAUUGAUCUGUCUAGAUAUGUAUUUUAUUGGCUAUUUUUGAGAUGUAAAUAUUAAAAUACACCUCUGUCUUUGGUUAUGUACGUAAGACCCUUUGGAAUUAAAUUUGAAGAGGACAAUCAUUAAAUCAAAACCCAA